AUGCUGUGGCUGCUGAUCCUGACCCUCCCCUGCCUGGGGGGCUCCCUGCCCAUGACACCGGCCCCUGGCCCAGGACAUGAGGUGGGCAUCGUGGGAGGCUGUGAUGUCUCCGCCAGACGCUACCCGUGGCAGGUCAGCCUGAGGCUCUACCACAUGGGGCACUGCUGGUGGCUGCAUGAGUGUGGGGGGUCCCUCAUCCACCCCCAGUGGGUGCUGACCGCUGCCCACUGCUUUGAGCCGGGGAACUUGGAGGCGUGCACCUUCAGGGUCCAGCUCGGCCAGCUGAAGCCCCGCGCCAAUGACCAGCUGCUCAAGGUGGCCCAGAUCAUCCGCCACCCCAAGUUCAACGUGAGGCUGUCUGCCAAGAGGGGCGCGGACAUCGCCCUGAUGAAGCUGAUGACCCCCGUGGUGCUCUCUAAGCAAGUCAACCCGGUCACCCUCCCGCCCGCCUCCCUAAAGGUCCCUGAGAACAAGAUGUGCCGGGUGACCGGCUGGGGUAACAUCGCAGACAACUUGCCACUGCCCUGGCCCUACCACCUGCAGGAGGUGGAGGUCCCCACUGUGGGAAACGAGCUCUGUGACCAGCGCUACUGGGGUUCUUCCAACAGCAGCGGCCAGAUUAACAGGGAAGACAUGCUGUGCGCAGGCACUGAGGGCUGGGACUCCUGCCAGCUGGACUCUGGGGGCCCCCUGGUGUGCCUCUGGAAUUGCACCUGGUUCCAGGUGGGGGUGGUGAACUGGGGCGAACUGUGUGGCCACCGCAACUACCCUGGCAUGUACACCCGUGUGACAAGAUACGUGUCCUGGAUCCGCCAGUAUGUCCCCCUGCUGCCCAGCCCCUAG